AAACUUAAUCGUUUUAGAGAAAAGCGAUCAUGGGCUCUUCUUUAAGAAAUCUCUAUGCAGAGAAGGUCAAUCUACUUCUAGGCCACCACUCUUUGAUGGCACCAACUAUUCCUAUUGGAAGGAACGGAUGAGAAUCUAUAUCCGUUCCACCAACUUCCAAUUAUGGUUGGUCAUCAAAAACGGAGAGGAAAUCCCAAUGAAGAAAGUAGGAGAAACCACGGUUUCAAAAACCAAGGACGAGUUUGAUGCCGAGGAUAUCAAGAAGAUUGAGAAUUAUGCAAAGGCCAUCAAUAUGUUAUAUUGUGCGGUCAACCCUGAUGACUACCGAAAGAUCUUCUGUUGCACAACCGCCAAGGAGAUGUGGGACAAACUUGAAGUGACGUACGAAGGUACCGAUCAAGUUCGUGAAGCCAAGAUCGACUUUCUCACCCAAGAGUAUGAAAUGUUUCGAAUGAAGGAAGGUGAGAAAAUCGACGACAUGUUUGAUCGUUUCUCAAAAAUCAUAAACGAUCUUCAUGCUCUUAAGAAGACAUAUACCAACAAGGAUCUCGUAAGGAAAAUCCUGCGAAGCCUCACCCCCAAAUGGAGGUCAAAAGCCGAUGCAAUCUAUGAAUCCAUUGGAGUCUCCAACGUCAGCAUCGACGGGCUAAGAGGUAAUCUUAAAACCUAUGAAUCUACUAUUCUAACCCCGUCUUUGGAUGAACAAAAGAAAAAGGGGAUAGCUCUCAAAGCCACCAAGGAACCGGUGGAAGAGGUUUCAAGCGAUGACCAUAACAAAUUUGGACUUGUCAUCAAGAAGUUCCACAAGUUCAUGAAGAAGGAAUUUGAGCGGAAGGGAAGGAAGCACGACGGUCCUCCCAAGUGCUACGGCUGUGGCGAGAUUGGCCACAUCAAGCCAAGGUGUCCAAAAACCAAACACGGGAAGGACAAGCCCGGCUUCAAGAAGCAAAGGGCUUACAUCUCUUGGGGUGGCGAUUCCGGAGACGAAUCAACCGACCAAGAGGAGGACGAAGCUGCAAAUCUUUGCCUCAUGGCGCACGAAGAUCAAAACGACGACAUCCAAGAGAGUUACACUGCCCUGAGAUAUGAAGAUAGGCAGGCUCCUUGCAACAACUUCAUCAAGGAGACUACAAUGCAUGCAACUUCAAAGCUAGAACUGAUCGAUUGUAGCACUGCUGCAUAUAUAUAUGUUCUCUUUGUUACUAAUGAAAAAGAAGAUCUUAUGGAUGUUCUCAAUCAACUUGGGCCUAAUUAUGACCCUAUUUCGUCGGCUGCUUAUAUCUGGGGUUCUUCAUCUCCUUUUACGGAGCUGGGAGAUAUUUUACAAGAUUUUGAGGGCACACUUAAACUCACAGAUGACACGAGUCCUUCUAGCAAACUUGACGCAUUGAUGGGCAACCUAGCUCGUGUCAUUUCUGUUCUAUCCGUGGCCAUUGAUUUAAGGUUUUCCGUAAAUUGGCUAAGAUCUUGCACGAUAACAGCACGCAAUCACUGCCGACUCCAGGAGUUCCAGUCAUCAUACAGCUCCUGCUCCUUGGGUCUCAAGUAUUCUCGUUGGAGAAUAGCUAUGGAUGUUGAGUAUCAAGCACAUCUUAAGAAUGAGACGUGGGAGAUUGUGCCUCGGAUAUCGCAGCACCCUAUUGGAUGCAAAUAGGGAGUACCAAGCACUUUGAAGGGUAUCCUUGGUUAAUGGGCAAUAACACUAAGAACUCUGAAUACAAUUAAGAUAAUCAAUCUGGAACACAUUUUCUAUCCCUAAGCAAUAAUUCAUCAUCUAGCUCAUCUUGGUAAUCAUAUUACAAACUAAGGUGAGGAUUAGUAAGUUCUGUAGAUUGGAAAAUGUUGUGUCCUCUGUUAGAAUAAUGCUACUAAUGCCCC